CGGGGCCUGGGCGCCAUGGCGCUGCCCUGGCUGCAGCGCGUCGAGCUCGCGCUCUUCGCCGCCGCCUUCCUGUGCGGCGCCGUGGCGGCCGCGACGCUCACCCGGACCCAGGGCUCCUUCAGGGGUAGCUGUCCGUUGUAUGGUAUGACCACCCGGAAUGGCUCCUUCCUGGCCUUAUCCCAUUCCUCGGCCCCAUCCCUGUGCUACUUUGUGGCAGGGGCCUCUGGCUUCCUGGCCCUCUACUGCCUCCUGCUUCUGCUCUUCUGGGUCUACAGCAGCUGCAUCGAAGACUCAAAAAGAGGUCUUAUAGGGCUCCGCGUUGCACUGGCCAUCUCAGCUAUAGCCAUCUUCCUGGUGUUAGUAUCUGCCUGUAUCCUUCGAUUUGGCACCAGAUCCUUCUGCAAUUCCAUCAUCUCCCUGAACAGUACAAUUAGCUGCUCUGAAGCUCAGAAAAUUCCAUGGACACCCCCUGGAACAGCUCUGCAGUUUUACUCCAACCUACACAAUGCUGAAACCUCUUCAUGGGUGAAUCUGGUAUUAUGGUGUGUGGUCUUGGUGCUCCAGGUCAUGCAGUGGAAGUCUGAAGCCACCCCAUACCGACCUCUGGAGAGGGGAGACCCUGAGUGGAGCUCUGAGACAGAUGUUCUUGUUGGGCCACGCCUGUCCCAUUCCUGAAGAGUAACCAAAUAGUGCAUUCUGCAGCCAACGACUUUGUGCCCAAGUGCCUGUAAUCCUCUUGUCCCCACACAGCCCUGUUAGUGCUGAAAGCCCCCAUUUUCCCUCCAGGAGGGAAAAGUAACAGGCCCCUCUCCACCUCUCUUCCUAUUGCUGUUUUUGUACCAAAAUAUUAGUAUUACUUUCUUCA